CUGACUCUUCUCCUCUCUCACCACCUCGGUGCUACAGACUCCCACUGUGACCAUGUCUGUCAGAGCUGUAAAGACCACCACCCUCUCCACGGUGUCAUCCUCCAGGGGUCCCACCCAGGGCUACAGCAGCCGCUCAUUCUCCGGCUAUGGGGGCUGCGGCGUGGGGAGUGCCAGGCAGAGCUAUGCCGCCCGCGCCUCCUAUGGAGGGGUUGGCAGCAGUGGUGCUUCUGUUGGUGCUGCUGGAGGGUUUGGACUCAGGGGAGGUGGAGGGGAUUUCGGCCAUGUGGGCUUUGGUGGGGGUUUUGCCAAUGAAGUGGCGGCCCCCAUCACCGCCGUGACCGUGAACAAGAGCCUGCUGGCUCCACUUAACCUGGAGAUUGACCCCACCAUCCAGGCCGUCCGCAUCCAGGAGAAGGAGCAGAUCAAGACCCUCAACAACCGCUUUGCUUCUUUCAUUGACAAGGUACGCUUCCUCGAACAGCAAAAUAAAAUGCUUGAGACCAAGUGGAAGCUUCUGCAGGAGCAGACCACGUCUCGGUCCAACAUCGACACCAUGUUCGAGGCGUACAUAGCCAACCUUCGUAAGCAGCUGGACAACCUGGGUCAUGAAAAACUCAAACUGGAAUCCGACCUGCACCAGACGACGGGCCUGGUGGAGGACUACAAAAUCAAGUAUGAAGAGGAAAUCAACAAGCGCAAUGAGUGUGAGAAUAACUUUGUCCUCAUGAAGAAGGACACAGAUGCAACCUACAUGAUCAAAGUGGAGCUGGAGGCAAAGCUGGAUGGGCUCUCAGAUGAGAUUGAGUUCUUGAGGCAGCUCUUUGAUGCAGAAAUUAAUGAAUUGCAAAGUCAGAUCAAGGACAUAUCUGUCGUAGUGGAGAUGGACAACAGCCGCGAUCUUGACAUGGAUGCUAUCAUUGCUGAGGUUCGAGCUCAAUAUGAAGACAUCGCCAACAGGAGCAGAGCGGAGGCUGAAUCCUGGUACCAGAACAAGUAUGCAGAGAUGCAACUCUCAGCUGGAAAAUACGAUAACGAUCUAAAGUCAACCAGGGCUGAAAUCGCAGACAUGAACCGCAGAAUAAUGAGGCUCCAGUCUGAAAUUGACAUGGUUAAAGCUCAGAGAAACAACUUGGAGGCUCAAAUAGCUGAGGCUGAGGAGCGGGGUGAGCUGGCAGUGAAGGACGCCAAGCUGCGGAUCAGAGACCUGGAGGAAGCUCUCCAGAGAGCUAAACAGGACAUGGCCCUGCAGGUCCGCCAGUACCAAGAACUGAUGAAUGUGAAGCUGGCUCUGGAUAUUGAAAUAGCCACUUAUAAAAAGCUACUGGAAGGGGAGGAGAUCAGGCUAGCAACAGGAAUCAAGACCAGUGUGUCUAAGCAGACUUCCUUCAACUAUAAUGCUGCCUAUAACCUGGAGACCUCCCGUAUCCCAUCCUACGCCUGUUCUUCCCUUGAUUCAGUUAAGGUUAGUGGCACUUCAUCAAGCAGCGGUUUGACCUCUGCCCUCGAAGACGGGACUGUGAAGACCACCACGGUGACCACGACCGAAACCGUGGCGACCACGACAGAGGAGAAGGAGGCAGAGGCCCAAGGAGUAACCGAGGAAGAAGAGAAGAAGGAGGAGGAGAAGGCGGAGGCUGAAGCUGUGGCUGUAGCUGAAUAGUGCUGUCUUGAUUUGUUCCUGAUUUUGAUCUUGGUGACUAAAAAUAAAGCACAUCUUCCCAA